AUAGAUUAAUGCAUAAAAGGGCAGCGAGAUCAGAACGCAGCGGAGUGGCGCUUAGUGCAAGAAGUGCGGCACAUUUUGUACAAUAUCCGAAAAAUGGCUCUACUGACAAUCCGGCAUGUGGCGAUUGUAUUUUACCCUAUUCUGGCAGCUUUCGGUGUUCCGGCGAACCUACUGACAAUAGUGGUCCUCUGCCGAGGGAAUUGCGGCCUUUCCAAAUGUAUAUCCCACUACAUGGUUGCCAUGGCAAUGGCAGAUCUCCUGGUGAUUAUGUUCUGUGUAAUCGGGUAUCAUAUCGUCACCUACCAGUUUCCAACAUCCUUCCUGUCCUACACAUCGGCCUGUAAGGUUGGUAUGUACUUCAAUGUAACCAGCCUGCAAACCUCGGUCUGGUUCACUGUCCUGUUCACAAUCGAUCGGUUUGUAGCGAUCUGUUGUCAGAAGCUGAAAGCGAAAUAUUGCACAGUGAGGACAGCUUUUUCCGGCAUUAUAACCGCGGCGCUCUUGUUGCAUUUACAGAACGUCCCGUUUCUAUUUGAGUUUAAACCCGUCAGUGUAGUUAACGGUAUUCCAUGGGGCUGUAAGCUGAGCUCGUGGUUCAAGACGUCUCCUGUGGGAGCCUCAUUCUCCAUUCUGCAGAGUAUUUUAACUGUUAUAUUACCUUUUGUUCUGAUAGCCCUGUUUAACUGUGUGACAGUAAGGCGCAUUUUAUUAGCCAGUAAAGCUCGCCGCGGACUGCGCGGUCACAGCAGUCAAACACAGAAGGAUCCGGAGAUGGAAAGCCGCCGGAAAUCCAUCAUUUUACUCUUUAGUGUGUCCGGCAUUUUCAUUCUGUUGUGGCUGACGGCCGCCGUGACCUUUCCGACCACCCGACUCGCAGGAACCGCGCAUUACGACGGCGAUUACACCGACUCUGCCUACGUCGCCAAUGAAGCCGGCUACAUGCUGAUGUACCUGAGUUCCUGCACGAACACCUGCAUUUAUACAGCGACCCAGGCUAAGUUUAGAGAAGAAAUGCGGCGGGUGUUAAAAUCUCCUUGGACUUCGUUUUCAAUAUUGAUUAAAAGGCACAGCUGCGUUGACACUCAGGGCUCAUCUGGCCGCAAGGUAACUCGGGUAAAGGUGGAGCAAUCGCAAUGA